GACAGGCUCACAGCUUCCUAACUCACUCUUUCACCAGAUAAACAAAACACUCACUCCACAGAUCCAAUCCCACACUUUCCCGGAAAAUCCCACUUUCCCGGAAAAUUGGCCUACACCGUUCACAUCCACAUUACAUCCCCACUCUCAGCUCACUCCUUUCCAAGGUAGAAGAAGUAAAAAAAAAAAAAAAAUCAAGAAAUCUCUCUCCAGAGAUCCACUCAGUUUCCCGAGAAAGUUUUAAAUUUUCCCGGAAAACCUCAACUUUAUCAUUGAUGGCGAAUGCUUGGAAAAGGGAAAAACCGUCGCAGUUCCACCUCUCCAAGACCGUCUGCUUACUCUUCAUUAGCGCCCUCCUUUUCCUCAUGUUCUUCGUCUAUCUCUCCACCCAAUCCUCAUACCCUAUCACCAACCCCACCUACAAAUCCGAUUUCCCAUUCUACCCAAUCCCACCUUUCAAUUGCCAGAAGUGCCCCCAAUCCCACCCCGUGAUUGCGAACCUCGUGGAGGGCCUCCGAUAUCCCUUCCUCUACUCGCUCGCCGACCUUGGAACCCUGCCCGAUAAGCCCCACAAGAACAUUGUCAGAAUGCUGAAAGGGAAACUCUUUCGGAAGCCCGAUAUCUCGGUUUCGGUCCAGAAGGUUCUGGAGAAGCUGAGGGGUGAAGGGAGAGAUAAUGGGGUUGUUGUGGAUGUGGGUGCCAAUGUGGGCAUGGCCAGCUUCGCUGCCGCGGCGAUGGGGUUUAGGGUUUUGGCCUUCGAGCCGGUAUUCGAGAACUUGCAGAGGAUUUGUGAUGGGAUUUAUCUGAAUCGGGUUGGGGAUUUGGUCACCGUGUUCGAGGCUGCCGCGUCGGACCGGAGUGGGAACAUUACGUUCCACAAGUUGGUUGGUCGGCUUGACAAUAGUGCUGUUUCAGCGACUGGUGCGAAGCUGGCAUUCAAAUCCAAUGAAGAGAUAGCACUUCAAGUAAGGUCCAUACCCCUUAAUGAAGUAAUUCCUGAGUCGGUGCAUGUGCUUCUGAUCAAAAUAGAUGUUCAGGGCUGGGAAUAUCAUGUGCUGAAAGGAGCCUCAAAGUUGCUAAUGAGAAAGGGAAGGGAAGCCCCGUAUCUCAUCUUUGAGGAAGACGAGCGACUGUUGCAAGCCAGUAAUAGCAGUGCCAAAGAGAUCCGAGACUUCCUACAAACUGUGGGCUAUAAUCAUUGCACCCUGCAUGGUACAGAUGCGCACUGUACUAAGAGUGGUUGACAUUAUUUUCCCGAGAGAUACCAUAUGCACUCUCAAGUGUACUUUCUCUAACAUAACAGUGAAAAUCAGGUGAUUUAUUUAAAAUUUAAUGAUAAUUUUCACUACCAUAUUGGAGAGUAAAGACUUAGGAGUGCAUGCAGCAUUUCUCUAUUUUCACUACCCUUUGUUUGGAGAGGUGCUCUAAAGAGAGAAAACCAGAUAAAUUGGUCAGAUGUCCCAAUGACACCUCUGGAACACGGUUGGCAAUUGCAUGGUUCAAAGUCGGCUUCUGUACUGCUCAGAGGAAACAUAUAUGCAGACAGUGACGAUACAUGUAAAGAGACUUUGGGUUUGGAAGAAGCUGCUGUGGGCUUGCUUGCUAGUUAGACUUUGUUGGCUGUACAUUUAUUUGAAAGCCUAAAAAUGUAAAAUUCUUUGUAUUUUGUUACUUGGUCUUGUAUGGACUCAUGCGUUGAAAUUUUAGUAAAUGAAUUGAGGAUAUGGAAUUUACAAUGA